AUGACACUGCUAAACUGCUACCCAUCACAAAUUCAAGCAACACAAAUGAUGGUUGCGAUGGAUGUGUUAUCGAAUCAUUUACCUGAUGAGGAGUAUCUUGGUGAGAAUCUCGAGUCUUCAUGGGCUGAAAAUCCUAUGAUAAAAGCUGCAUUCGAGCAGUUCAAUGGAAAUUUGAAGAAGCUAGAAGGAAUAAUUGAUGAGAGGAAUACCAACUUGAACCUGAAAAACAGAGUUGAAGCAGGAGUUGUUCCAUAUGAGCUCUUGAAGCCAUUCUCGAUGCCCAGGGUCACUGGAAUGGGAGUUCCUAACAGCAUUGCCAUCUAG